CGAAGAAGAAGAAGCCCAUGCUGAUGAACAGUGAAUGAACAAACUUUAGACACUAUAAAAUAUUGCACUUUAUUUGAGGCUUUGUUUUCUAACCCUGUUUGUUACCAGACCGCUGGAGGUUCAAUUAAACUCGCGGUUUUAUUGGUUUCCUCUCCCUGUUAGCAUCUGGCUAAUCGCUGUAGCUAUAGGACAAUUCCGCCACCAGUUGGGGACUUCAUGUUGAACCACCUGUCCGCUGCUCUCACGCUGUUCCCCCGCCACCUGCUCUUUUCUUCAACGAGGACUCUGACCCGAGCCUGCCGCCUCCUCAGCAGGAUGGAGACCGCCGUGGUGAGGUGUCUCCCCGGGGAGCCCAAACUCACCAUUUCCUUCUCUCUGGACGGCAGCCACAAGCACAUGCUGCGAGACCAGGACGAACCGCUGGGUAAGGUCCUAGCCCGGAUCGCCAACAACAUGGGCAAGGGUCAAGGAAAGGCGAAGAAGUCGAAGAAGCACAAGGGUCAGCAGCCGUGUGAAGCCCCGGAGCCUACAGCGGUGAAGCUGUACUACGAAGGGGACGAGGUGCCUGACACGGUGCUGAACUCGGAGGCGUGGCGGGACGGAGCCGUGCUGCAGGUGGGAGACGUUAAAUACUCGGUGCAGAGGAAUGCUCCCACCUUCACCACCGCUGAGCUCCCGGCGUCCCUGCUGGCUGGGUUCCCCGUCUGUCCCAAACUGGAGAUGGAGUUUGGGAACCUCGAACACUGCGAGUUCACAUGGUACAAAGAAAAAGCCCCAAUCACAAGCCCUGAAGCUGCUGAGGAAGUUCCAGGUCAGGAUCCAGCUUGGACUCAGGUAGGAUGUGGGAGAGUCCACGUCCCGUCCAAUCAGGACAUCGGCUGCAGGCUCAAACUUGUCUGCACUCCCAAAGAUGGAAGUCGCAGCGGCCUUGCCAAGGAGCUGGUCUCUGCGGGAGCCGUGGAGGCUGGACCAGGCGUGUGCACGUUUGACAACCGACACAUGUACACUGUCAAAGAGGCGGAGUGGCCGGCUGUAAGGGUGGUGUCGUACAACAUCCUCGCUGAUAUAUACGCCCAGACAGAACUGUCCAAGACGGUUCUUUACCCAUACUGCGCUCCCUACGCCCUGCAGCUGGACUAUAGACAGAACCUGAUCAAGAAGGAGCUGGCCGGAUACAACGCUGACAUCAUCUGUCUGCAGGAGGUCGACAAAGGGGUGUUUGUGGACAGUCUGACUCCAGCUCUGGAUGCAUUCGGUCUAGACGGAGUUUUCAAGGUCAAAGAGAAGCAGCACGAAGGACUGACCACUUUCUACCGCAGGUCAAAGUUCCGUCUGCUGAGCCGCCAUGACAUCGUGCUGAGUGUGGCGUUGACCUCUGACCCCAUACAUUCUGAGCUGCUGGAGAAGGUUUCUUCCAACAGCACCCUGAAGGACAAGAUACUGCAGAGAUCCACCUCACUGCAGGUCAGUCUGCUCGAGGACCUGAAUAAACCAGGCAGGAAGGUCUGCGUGGCCAACACUCACCUGUACUGGCACCCGAAAGGAGGGAACAUUCGCUUGGUCCAGAUGGGCGUGGCACUGCGACACCUGAGUCACGUGAUCAACGAGGUUGCACCUGGAGCACCUCUGGUCUUUUGUGGUGACUUCAACUCUUCCCCUAACUCAGGUGUGUUCCAGCUGGUUACCGAGGCCGUGGUUCCUCUGCAGCACGCAGACUGGAGCAGCUCUGGGCCGGAAGAGUCCUGCAGUAUGGAGCUGCCCUCUGCCUUCCCCCCACUGCUGAGUGCCUGCAACCAGCCAGCCUACACCAACUAUGUGGGAGGAUUUCACGGCUGUCUGGACUACAUCUUCAUACAACCUGACAACAUGCAGGUGGAGCAGGUGAUUCCUCUGCCCAGCCACCAGGAGGUCACCACCUACGAGGCUCUGCCCAGCGUGGCUCACCCCUCCGACCACAUUGCCCUUGUCUGUGACCUGCACUGGAGCCCUUGACCUCUGACCUCCAACCAACUGGACAGAAGACGCUGGAGAACUCCUGCAAAUACCUUCUGACUUUGGAUGCCUUUAUACUUGAAUGAAGCAUGGAAACGUGUUUUUUCACUUAUUGGACGUCAGUGAAAGUCACCAGACACAUGGACGAUGAAGUUCGAAAAUGUUGUGAUUAAGUUCAUGUGGUAUUAUUUACAGUCCUUAAAUAAUUUUUCAUCACUGAUAUUCAGUGUUUGGUUUGUUACUUUAAAAAGUAAUGAAUUUCACAUUGUUAUUUUUCUUAGAAGUGAUUACUUUGGCUGGUAUAUUUGGCUUCAAUAUCCCAUGAUGUGGUUAAUAAAUCUAUAUUAACAUUUUAAUAUAAGUAUUUAUCAUUAUCAUUAUUAUUAUUAUUAUGGUCAAACAAGUUGUGCAGUGGUCUUUUAAAAAUUUUAAUAAAGCUCGAGUCUACAGAAACAUCCAUGCAUGAGUCUCCACAUUCUCAUGAACUCUGUUUUCUCCUUUGAUAUGGUAUCUGUCAAAUCAGAAGCUAUGAUUCUUGGUCACUGUGUUUUGUUUAGAUCAAUUUAAAGGAAUCUUAUUUACUCAUGAUCACAUCUCAUAAUCCUGUGGAAAUCCA